AUGGCGGACACAACAAAGCCUGAAUAUGUCCUUUGGCCAUACAUACCUUCUAUUGCCGGCGGUGCAAUUGCUGCUGUCGUCUUCGCUCUCCUCACAUGCGCCCAUAUCAUCCGACUUAUCAAGAAUCGUACUUGGUUCUGCAUACCUUUCAUUAUCGGUGCUUUAUUCGAGACGAUCGGUUACGCCGCACGAGCAGCAGCGCACAAUGACACAGUCUCUAAGAUGCCUUAUAUCAUCCAGUCUGUCCUUAUUCUGAUCGCCCCUAUCCUGUUCGCUGCCUCCAUCUACAUGAUCCUCGGACGCCUGAUCAUGCGCACUGACUCCGCAUCUUACUCGCUCGUACGCGCCAACUGGCUCACAAAGAUCUUCGUGACUGGAGAUGUCUUUUGUUUCUUUAUCCAAAGCGGCGGUGCUGGUAUGCUUGUGCAGGCCAAAGAUAAGGAUGGUGUCAAGAUGGGCGAGAACAUCAUCCUCGGUGGUCUCAUCCUGCAGAUCUUGAUCUUCCUGUUCUUCGUCAUCAUCGCGGGCACAUGGCACCGCAGGCUGGAAUCGAGGCCCACGGUUGCAUCCGCUGAUAUCCCGUACCAGAGAAUGGUCCGCUUCCUCUAUGCUGCGAGUGCUUUCAUCACCAUCCGUAACAUGUGUCGAGUGGUUGAGUACGCCAUGGGCAAGGAGGCAUACCUUCUUCAACAUGAGUGGCCAUUGUACAUCUACGACUGCCUAAUGAUGAUUGCCACGCUCGCCGUCUGCAUCACCUGGUACGAUCCCAACAUCAAGCCUAGACGCAAGAAUGACAUCGAGUUCGGCAUGCGACGAUAG